AAAAUUGAGAGAGAGAGAGAGAGAUUCAGCACUGGAAGGAAUGAGAGCUGCCUUUCAUAGCAGAGAGCGAGAAAGAAGCAGGGUCCAGCAAAUAGCAAGGCAGAUAAUUGGGAGUUGUACAUCUGCCAGUACUUUUGGGCCUCCCAUUCAGACAUCUUAAUUGUCAACCAGGGCUUUCUACUCCACCCUCCCUUGCAGUGAUAAAAGAUAAAUCAAGCUGAUAUCACUCCUUGUAUCCUUAAUGUUUUUUCUAAAUAAUAAUAAUAAAUAAAUAAAAUAGGUGGCUGGAUUCAAUCUGGAGAUCAGCCUCUAAUCCCUUCCAUCACUCUGAGGAGCAUGGCAUGCCAUCACAACUACCCCCAGCGUACACCUGGAAUUCUUGCUGGUUGCACAUGCUCUUUCUAAUCAAAGUGUGGAGCAAGGGGUUGGGAGGGGAGCAUUUAGGCACUGAAAAAAAUGUUUGCUGCUUUUGGUCAGUGUUAAAAAACAACAACCUCAGAACCAACCGUGAAGAGUGUGCAUGUUUCUGGGGACGUAUUCAUUUUCUCUAAGCUUUAACCAAGUGCACACGUAGAGCUAUGGAGUCUCCGACGAAGGAAAUAGAAGAAUUUGAGAGCAACUCUUUGAAGUACCUACAGCCGGAACAGAUAGAGAAAAUAUGGCUUCGUCUCAGAGGACUGAGAAAAUAUAAGAAAACAUCCCAGAGGUUACGAUCCUUGGUAAAGCAGCUUGAGAGGGGAGAAGCAUCUGUUGUUGAUUUAAAGAAGAAUUUGGAAUAUGCAGCCACUGUCCUUGAAUCCGUGUACAUUGAUGAAACCAGGCGUCUGUUGGAUACAGAAGAUGAGCUCAGUGAUAUCCAGUCAGAUUCUGUGCCCUCUGAGGUACGGGAUUGGCUGGCUUCCACUUUCACACGGCAGAUGGGGAUGAUGCUGAAAAGGACUGAGGAAAAACCACGUUUCAGAAGCAUUGUCCAUGCGGUGCAAGCUGGGAUUUUUGUGGAGAGAAUGUACAGACGAACAUCCAAUAUGGUUGGACUUAGCUAUCCACCAGCUGUGAUUGGAGUGCUAAAGAAUGUAGACAAGUGGUCCUUUGAUGUAUUUGCACUAAAUGAUGCUAGCGGGGAUCAUGCACUGAAAUUCAUUUUCUAUGAAUUGCUCACCCGCUAUGAUUUGAUCAGCCGUUUCAAGAUUCCAAUUUCUGCUCUUGUCUCCUUUGUGGAAGCUUUGGAAGUUGGAUACAGCAAGCAUAAAAAUCCAUACCACAAUCUGAUGCAUGCUGCAGAUGUCACACAGACAGUUCAUUACCUCCUUUUUAAGACGGGUGUAGUACACUGGUUGACAGAGCUGGAAAUCUUUGCUAUGAUCUUUGCAGCUGCCAUCCAUGACUAUGAACAUACUGGAACCACCAACAACUUUCAUAUUCAGACACGAUCAGAUACAGCCAUCCUUUAUAAUGAUCGCUCUGUACUAGAAAACCACCACCUUAGUGCAGCAUUUCGCCUUUUGCAAGAUGAUGAGGAGAUGAAUAUUUUGUCUAACCUUUCAAAGGAUGAUUGGAGGGAAUUCAGGACUCUGGUGAUAGAGAUGGUGCUGGCUACAGAUAUGUCUUGUCAUUUUCAGCAAAUCAAAGCCAUGAAGAAUGCAUUGCAGCAGCCAGAAGGGAUUGAUAAACCAAAAGCCUUAUCACUGAUGUUGCAUACAGCUGACAUCAGUCAUCCUGCCAAGGCAUGGGACCUCCAUCAUCGCUGGACCAUGUCAUUACUGGAAGAGUUUUUUAGACAGGGUGACAAAGAAGCUGAACUAGGGCUUCCUUUUUCCCCGUUGUGUGACCGGAAAUCCACUAUGGUUCCUCAGUCUCAGAUAGGUUUUAUUGAUUUCAUUGUGGAACCCACUUUCACUGUGCUGACUGAUAUGACAGAAAAGAUUGUAACACCUCUCAUUGAGGAAGCCUCCCACUCUGGCAUGACAGGGUUUAGGCGUUCCAGUCUGAAUAGCAUUAGCCCCUCCGAAGUUAAACGAUCAAGUGUCAAGAGCACUGGAUCUGAAGGAAGUGCCUCACUCAACUGUUCCAUACUCACUGUGGACUUCAAAUGUUUUAAAACCACCUGGACUGAGGUGGUGCAACAAAACCGAGAAAAGUGGAAAGCACAAGCAACCAAAGAAGAAAAAGCAAAAAAAGAAGCAGAGGAAAGUGCUCAGCAGGGGGCAGAUGAGAAAAAAACAGAAGAGAAGGAAGGGAAAAAACAAGUUGAAGAAAGCACUACUACCAAAACUGAUAAGAGUAAAGAAGGAAAUUCAGGAGACAGUAAGAGCACAGAAGCUAGUAAAAGUAAUGUAAACGGGACUCGUCAGACUGGUGAUAACAAAUGUGAAGCUUCUCAAGGGAAAAAUGUCACUCAGGUGGAAAAGGAGUCAGAGUCCAAUCCAUCAGCAGGAGAGCAGAAACAGCAAAUACAGAAUGGUUCAAAGCAACUUGUGAAAACUACACCGGUACAAGAUUCCACAAAUCAGCUUACUUUGCCAGUCAUCAAACCUCCAAUGCACCAUCCCAAGCAACCCACUUUUGCCUCAACAAGCACCACAUUCCCACCUUUACACAAGAAAACUGAGGAUUAUUUGGUGAAAUAUAAAUUGCUUGACCAGAGGGGCAGGAUGAAGAAGAUUCAACACAUUUCUCAGCACUGGAAUCGGAAAUAGAUCUCCAAUUAUUACUGGAAGACAUUUUGAAAGCAAUGUAAUCACUGGACAAUCAAACAAAUAAGUAUGUGAUAUAAAAAAAAUGCAACUGAUAAACCUUCUAGAUAUAUUGGCCACCACUGACAAAAGAUGCUGUGGAUAAAGUUACAGCAGACCCACAGUAUGUCUACACAAAUGGUGCAAGGACAAAAUCUGUGUAUUUGCAUCCAGGGCUGUGUGCCAAGAGUGAUCAUUUCAGGACUGUAUCCAUAAACUUAUCCCUUCACUGAUGACUGGAUUUUUUGUGGGAGAGCUUAUGAAAUUUCUUUUUAUUUUUAACUAUGAUACCCAGAACUUCCCAAUCCAAUUUGCCAUGCUGGUAAGAGAAUUCUGUGAAUUGUAAUUCCAAGUUGUGUUUUGGGGGAGAGGAAACUAUUAUUUAUUUAUUGCUUUCAGUAUCAUAUAAUAUGGGUUGCUAACUUUAGUUACAUGCACAAGUUGAAGAGAGAGCAGGAAGCAAGUGCUUCUUCAGACAAAGAUGUCAUCUCACCACCUGGACCUCAUGACUAUUUGACAAAAAAGUACUUUUCAUAUAUUACACUACACAGUUACCCCCAUAUUUGUCAUCACUUUUCCCUUUGGCUUUCCUCCUAUUUUUUCCCCUGCAUCAUCACUUUAUGCAUAGAAUAGAAAGCAACAAAAGAACAGAGCAGUUAGGUGUCUCCAGCUCUAGACCAAUCUCACAGCAGAUUAUCACACUGGAGGAAAGUGCCAUCUUGCGCUUAAACUGCAUUAAUUGCACAAUGAGGGGGAUUAUCACACCCCUGUGUGCAAAAUCCAUUCUUCUCCCAUCUGUAAACAGUAAUGGACCCAUCAUUGGGUAUUAAUGGGAGUUCCUAUUAAUACACAGUGACAGGUCCAUUACUGUUUAUAGAUGGGAGAAGAUUGAGGUAAGUGUGCGAGGUGAGAUAAUCUUCCCCCUGAUUGCAUGAUUAAUGCAGUUUAAGCACGGAAGAAAAACGCUUUCCUCCCUCAUGUGAUAAUCUCCACUGGAACAUUACACCACAAUGUAUUAUAUUUCAUGGGGCAGUUCCACAGAACUGGGAAACAGUUCACUUCUGAAGUAGAUCCCUGCAUGAAUUCAGUUGGUUAUUGGAUACCAUGGGAGUGAAGAACCAGGGAAGUCCAGUUCUGCACCUAAAUGUUUCUCCAAUCAAUCAAUCAAUCAAUCAAUCAAUCAAUCUAAUAAUAAUAAUAAUAAUAAUAAUACAUUAUAGAAGAUCGAUUUGUUGCCCUUUCAUGACAUCAGACUCUGCUUCCUCUUGGUUGUACUGGACCUAGGAAUUAUUAUUUGGUCCUUUGUAAUUCCCACACAUGAUGGGUUUUUAUUGUUGUGUGAUUGUGAAUUCAGGAAGAGCAAAAGUUAGAGAUAACCAAGGCUGAAGCUAGAAAGAUGGCUGUGCUGCAGCAUUAUUUCUAUCUCACUUUUAAAAUUGGUACACAGAAAAUCAAUACGUUCAUAUCCUAGAAAUUGGGCAGCACAAUCUCAGUUAUUGGAGUUUUGGAAUGAUGCUGAGAAGCCUAUUAAAUGAAAGCAUCUACGUUGUUAUCUGAGGAAUAGUUCUAUAUUCUUCUUAUUGAAAAUUUUUCCAUGUGGGAAAGUAACUGCCCCAAGGAAUCUUUUGAAAUUGGUUGGAACUGUACUUUUUCAUCACCCCUGAUUUCACAUAUUGUUGCUAAUCUCUUUCUCAUACUAGAAUGGCUUGUCUUAUAUUUGUGAAAAAGGGAACAUGUUUUUGACAACACAAUGCUUGUAAAGAAUUAUUAGAUUAUCUGCAUAAAAGGCUGUAUAAAUACAAUA